AUGGCGGAUCCGAAGAACGAAGGUUUCCUCACCUACGCUUAUCUUCUUCUCUACAUUGCUCUCUCCAGCGGUCAAAUCUUCUUCAAUAAAUGGGUUUUAUCCUCUAAGGAAAUUAACUUUCCUUAUCCUUUGGCGUUGACUCUACUUCACAUGGUCUUCUCCUCUGUUGUGUGUUUUGUAUUAACCAAAGUUCUAAAGGUUUUAAAGGUUGAAGAGGGAAUGACUCCUGAAAUAUAUGCUACUUCAGUUGUGCCGAUUGGGGCCAUGUUUGCAAUGACUCUUUGGCUUGGAAAUACUGCCUACCUGUAUAUUUCCGUUGCAUUUGCACAAAUGCUGAAGGCAAUUAUGCCUGUGGCUGUUUUUGUACUUGGAGUAGCUGUAGGACUCGAGGUGAUGAGCUGCAAAAUGCUUUUGAUCAUGUCAUUGAUUAGUUUUGGUGUUCUAGUAGCUUCAUAUGGUGAGAUAAAUAUAAACUGGGUUGGAGUAGUUUACCAAAUGGGAGGUGUUGUUGGUGAAGCGCUGAGACUUAUCUUCAUGGAAAUUUUUGUUAAGAGGAAAGGUCUUAAGUUGAAUCCUAUAUCUGUGAUGUAUUAUGUUAGUCCCUGCAGUGCACUCUGCUUAUUCCUUCCAUGGAUAUUUUUAGAGAGAUCAAAGAUGGACGACCAUGGAACAUGGAACUUCCCGCCUGUUUUGCUUAUCCUCAAUUGCCUUUGUACAUUUGCUUUAAACUUGUCAGUUUUCCUUGUGAUUACACAUACGAGUGCUUUAACCAUACGUGUUGCUGGAGUUGUUAAGGAUUGGGUGGUUGUCUUACUGUCUGCUGCUCUGUUUGCUGACACAAAGUUAACAACCAUCAAUUUGUUUGGCUAUGGAAUUGCCAUUGCAGGUGUAGCAGCAUAUAAUAAUUUCAAGUUGAAAAAGGAAGCUUCUAGAGACCCGUCAGAUUCUCCCGUGGCUGAUGAACCUACCCAAAAGCAGGAGUCUCGGCCUUUGAUAAGUAGAUAG